GUUUUUUGGACCAGGAUAUUUGGGUGACUCCCGGGCUUCCAGAGCUCGCAGCAGCACCCCGAGCGUGUAUCCUGAUGGCACCAGCAUGAGGACUGCUGCUGCCCACCCCCAGUGCAUAACAAACACGAUUUUGAUUCAGGGAUCACUGCGGUUUGGCUGCGCACACGUACGUACCUACAGCAGAUUCCGUGUUUCUGCGUAACGGAUUUUCCUGGGGCUUUUGCUGCCCAGGAUUUCAUCUGAUGCAGAUGUGAAGCUCCUAAAACAGAAACUCAGAGGGGCGCUCAAGGAGAUGAGGUUUUUAGAUCUGACCGCCUUAACACAAUGAGAAAAUAUCAGGAAAAAAACCACAUGAGACCUUUUUUAUUUUAAGUUAAAGGAAACAGCCAAAUUAAGGAGCAUUUUUCAGCCCUCACUCAAGACAAGCUCAUGUAAAUUUAAUCCGGGCAGUCACAGAAACAGCUGCUCCCAACACGUGAAAGCUGGAGUCUGAGACACCUAGAAAGGCUGCUUGACUGAGGAGGAAGGGAUCAGGACCCUCCCUGCCGGGGAAGUCACCGAUGGACUGUGGACACUUAGCUGAGAGCAGCGAGGAGGUCUCCAGCCUGGGCUCAGAGCCCGAUUCCCUGCCGCCUUCUGCGGGCAGCAACUCCUGCUUGCCCUUGGCGGCUGGGCAGCGGGCUGGGGCACCUCCCGGCAGACCCGCCGCCGCUAACGCCGCUCGAGAGCGCAGCCGGGUUCAAACGCUGCGCCAUGCCUUCCUCGAGCUGCAGAAGACUCUCCCCUCUGUGCCGCCCGACACCAAGCUCUCCAAGCUGGAUGUGCUCCUCCUGGCCACCACCUAUAUCGCACACCUCACCCGCAGUCUUCAGGAUGAAGAGGAGACACCGAGAGAGGGCUUGGGUACGCUCCGAGGGGAUGGAUACCUCCACCCUGUCAAGAAGUGGCCGAUGCGUUCCAGGUUGUACAUUGGAGCUACAGGACAGUUUUUGACUCACUCGGGACAAGGAGACGGCGCAAACCAAGGAGAAACAUCAACAACUUCACAAAUCUAAUCUCCCUUCUCGCUUAAAAAUAAAAAUAUUUAUUACACCUUAUAUAUAUAUAUUUAAGUUAAAAAAUAGUAUCUACAGACAAACUGCAAUUCCUGAAAUACUGUUUGUAGAGGAGAAGGAAUUGAUUCUUAAAUGUAACUAAUACCUCAUAAAGUUAAUGUGACGCAUGAUUGGUUUCUGUCCUAGAGGACGUUGCUGGGAUCUGAAAAGGGGGAUGAGGAGAAGGCGGCCGCAAUUGGCAGCGAGGCAAGAGGCAGGUGCAGAGGCAGUGCUGCCGGCAGUUGGUACCUCAUCCCUGAUGGGCAGCAGCGAUGGGCUGUGCAGGGAAGAAGGCUGAGGGGUGCAUGGGGCAGAAGGAAGGGGGGAGAAGGCGAAGGGGUGCAUGGGGCAGAAGGGGUGAUGCAGGACUGGCUCAGCACAGAGCAGUCAGGCUGCGGUGAAAAGCAAAGCGCACGUGUAAAAAUAGCAGUUGAAACCCCACGGGCACUUUCUUCACUGUAUGAAGCCAAGGGCAGAAAUCCUGCUGGCCGCAGUGGUCAGGUCAGCUUCGUCCUUUGGAUAAUCUUAAAUGUGUGUAGCUAUUCCUGAAAACACAGGUGCAUGCUGGCCUCAAGUAAACGUGUGCUGAAAUCCUGUGUACACAGACAGCUCCAUACGCUAGGAAUUGCUUGUGUCGAUCCAUACAACCGUGUUGCAUGUUGCGGGGUUCACAAUGUGUUUGUGUGGUACCCAGGUACAACUGCUUGUCUGCUCACGAUACCCAGCUUCGUUUAUCUCAUCUUUUAGCAGCUUGUGCACGGAAAGAAGGGAGCCCAGAGUUGGCUUGUUCUUGGCACGUUUUUCACUUAAACAUCUAUAUUUAGAGAAAAGUUGAAACUAAAUGCACAAAUGCCAUCUGAUGUAUCUGUUCUGUAAAACACUGUAUUUCUCAUAUAGUGUGCUAUUGCUGAGAUAAACAUUUUAUUAAAUAUCAUUCAGUGGAUAUUAUGUA